GUACGUUCCUUGUUCCUCCCCGGUGCGUUUGCAGGGUUGCGGAGCCACCGCCUGUUCCCGCCGCAGGGGCGGGAGGAAGGAAGUGCAGCGCGGCCCGGCCUGAGCCCCGGCCUGGACGAUGCUCGGCGCCCUGGUGCGUGCGGCCCGUUCCCCGCUGCUCACCGGCUGGAGGCCCCGGGCCUUGCUGCGACCCGCCGAGGCCUGUGUCCGGGCCUCCCGCGGCCUGCGCCCCAUCCCCGCCGCCGGCUGCUGCUGCUGGCGCUGCGGAGCCGCCCCCGAGCCCCCCGGCUUCUUCUGCUCGUCCUGCCGGGCCCUGCAAGCCCCGGACCGGCGGCUCGAUUACUUCCAGCUGCUGGGGCUGCCGCGCCGAUUCCCCCUGGACCCCGAGCGGCUGCGGGAGGCGCACCGGCGGCUGCAGCGGGCCCUGCACCCGGACAACUUCGCCCGCAGCUCGGCGGUGGAGCGCCGCCACUCGGAGCUACAGUCGGCGCUGCUGAACGAGGCGUUCGCCGCCUUGUUGCGGCCCCUGUCCCGCGGCCUCUACCUGCUGGAGCUGGAGCUGCCGGGUGAGCCGCCGGCCGCCGGGGAGGCUGAGGCCGAGGCAGACCCCGCCUUGCUGGGCGCUGUGCUGGAGCUGAACGAGCGCUUGGCCGAGGCCGACAACCAGGCCGACGUUCGCCGUGUGGCCGCCUCGGUGGAAGCGCGGCUGCGGGAGCUGGAGGACAAGGUGGACCUGGCCUUCGAGCAGGGUCGCCCCCGGGACGCUCGGCCGCUGCUGCGCCAGAUGAAGUACUGGAACAGCAUCGGCGACCGGGUGAAGGAGCGGCUGCUGCCCCGCUGAAGCAAGGCCAGGCCAAGCCAAGCCAAGCCAAGCCUGGGGUAAAGUGCCCACCCUCGCCCCAAACAGUGAGGGAUUCCUGCCACUGGUUACUGUGGCAAUCAGAUGGGUGGAAACGUGGUCCAGUGUCAGUGCCUUGAACCAACAUUUAUUGUUCUAAACAUUCACCUUGACAUCCCUCACUGAUCUCGGCCCACCAGGUCUUCGUAACCUCUUCCCACCUUAUCAAAUCCAUUCAGUACAGUUCAGUAUUUUUGACUCGCGCCUAAAAUGUGCCCUUUGUUUUCAUCUUUUAUGGUCAUUAGCAGCUGAAAGAGCUUCUUAGUAUACCAUCGUCCCCUAGCCCCCGGCAGUCAUAUUUCAGAAAAACACAAAGUGAUGGAGGAACUCAGCUGGUCAGGUUGCAUCUGUGGAGGGAAUGGGCUGGGUAACGUUUUGGGUCGUUGCCUGAAACUUUGUCUGUCCACGUCCUUCCAGGGAUGGUGCCUGUCCAAUUAAGUUUGUGUUUUUCCUCCUGUCCUCAUUCUUCAAGGAACGGGGGUUCCCCUCCCCUACUAUAGAUGAGGCUCGCACCAAGAUCUCUUCCAUACCCCGUAACACUACUCUCUCCCCAUCCCCCCACUUGUAACAAGGGCAGUCCCCCACAUCCUCACCUUUCACCCAACUAGCCGUCACAUACAACAAAUAGUCCUCUGUCAUUUUUGCCACCUCCAACAUGACCCCACCACUCGCCACAUCAUCCCAUCUGCCCCCCUCUGCUUUCCAUAAAGACCGCUCCUUCCGUAACUCCAUUGUCAAUUCUUCCCAUCCCUCCCGCACCACCCCCUCCCCGGGCACUUUCCCUUGCAACCGCAAGAGAUGCUACACUUGUCGCUUUACCUCCCCCCUCGACUCCAUUCAAGGACCCAAGCAGUCGUUCCAGGUGUGACAGAGGUUCACCUGCAUCUCCUCCAACCUCAUCUAUUGCAUCCGCUGCUCUAGAUGUCAGCUGAUCUACAUCGGUGAGACCAAAUGUAGGCUUAGCGAUCGUUUCGCCGAACACCUCCGCUCAGUCCGCAUUAACCAACCUGACCUCCCGGUGACCUCAGCACUUCAACUCCCCCUCCCUUUCCCAAUCCAACCUCUCUGUCCUGGGCCUCCUCCUUGGCCAGAGUGAGCACCACCGGAAAUUGGAGGAGCAGCACCUCAUAUUCCACUUGGGCAGUCUGCACCCAAGCGGCAUAAACAUUGAAUUCUCCAAUUUCCGGUAGCCCUUGCUGUCUCCUCCCCUUCUCAGCUCUCCCUCAGCCCUCUGGCUCCUCCUCUUCCUUUUUCCUUCCCCCCCCCCCCCCCCCCAGAUGGGGAGAGAGGGGGGGGGGCACCUUCCAUCAGUCUGAAGAAGGGUUUCAGCCCAAAACGUUGCCUAUUUCCUUCGCUCCAUAGAUGCUGCUGCACCCGCUGAGUUUCUCCAGCACUUUUGUCUACCUUCAAUUUUCCAGCACCUGCAGUUCCCUCUCAAAAAGUUUGUGUUUUGCUCGGGGGAUUGAACCUGCUACAAAAACGGUGCCUCCAUUUCUUUAAUGGGCUUGGCCAAGUAAAGAACAUUACUAUCUUUGAAACUUAAUAAAAAAUUCUAAACUUUUGCUUGAAACU